AUGGAGAUUGCCAUGGUAUGCACAAGAGUUAACCUCCUCAUCCUCAUCCUCUCCCUCUGCUCGCCAUACAAGUUCAUCCAGAGCCCCAUGGACUUUGGCCCCUUGAACCUGCUCCCCACCACCAUCGCUGCGUCCAGUGACUUCGGCAGGAUCCUCUUCCACUCCCCGUCCGCGGUGUUGAAGCCCCAGUCCCCAAGGGACAUCUCUCUGCUUCUUAGCUUCCUCUCCGCCUCGUCUCUAGGCAAGGUGACGGUGGCGGCCAGGGGUGCGGGUCACUCCAUUCAUGGACAGGCCCAGGCCCUCGAUGGCAUUGUGGUGGAGAUGCGCUGCUUGCCUGCUGAGAUAGAGCUGCACAGAGGAGGAGAAGGAGAUGUUUCCUAUGCUGAUGUGAGCGGCGGAGCCAUGUGGAUAGAGCUCCUGGAGCAGAGCUUGAAGGCUGGGCUGGCUCCAAGGUCCUGGACUGAUUACCUCUACAUCACCAUUGGUGGGACUCUGUCCAAUGCCGGCAUCAGCGGGCAGACAUUCAAGCAUGGGCCUCAGAUUAGCAAUGUUCUACAGCUGGAGGUAGUCACAGGCAGGGGAGAGACCGUGACAUGCUCGCCCACCAAGAACGCAGAGCUGUUCAGCGCUGUUCUGGGAGGCCUUGGCCAGUUUGGCAUCAUAACUAGGGCAAGGAUCCUGCUGCAGGAAGCUCCACAGAAAGUGAAGUGGGUGAGGGCCUUCUACGACGAUUUCGGCACCUUCACCAAAGACCAGGAGCUGCUGGUGUCGAUGCCGGAUAUGGUGGACUACGUAGAAGGUUUCAUCGUCUUGAAUGAACAGUCGCUUCACAGCUCUUCCAUUGCCUUCCCUGCAAAUAUGGACUUCAGCCCAGAUUUUGGCACCAAGGGCAGUCCUAAGAUCUACUACUGCAUAGAGUUUGCGGUUCAUGAUUAUCAGCGCGUGAAUACCAAUGUGGAGCAGGUGGUGGAAGCCAUCUCAGUGCAGAUGAGCCACAUAGCGUCCCACCUGUACAGUGUGGAGGUGUCCUACUUUGAUUUCCUCAACAGGGUGAGGAUGGAGGAGAUGAGCCUGAGGAGCAGCGGGCUCUGGGAGGUGCACCACCCGUGGCUCAACAUGUUCGUGCCCAAGGCCGGGAUCAGGGACCUGAGGGACCUUCUCAUGGACAACAUCUCACCGGAUAACUUUGAGGGGCUCAUCCUCAUCUAUCCACUCCUCAGAGACAAGUGGGGCACUAACACAUCGGUCGUGCUACCGGAUUCCGGGUCCACGGAGCAGGUGAUGUACGUGGUUGGCAUUCUCCGUUCUGCAAACCCUGAUGAAGGAUGCUCCCACCACUGCCUCCAAGAGCUUCUCCGCCGUCAUCGCCACAUAGCUGACACUGCCGGAGUGCGCAUUGGUGCAAAACAGUACUUGGCUCACCAUCCAACUCCGGCUGGCUGGCACCAACACUUUGGCCCACGUUGGGAGCGGUUCGCGGAGCGCAAAAACCGGUUUGACCCGCUGUCCAUCCUCGGGCCAGGCCAAGGUAUAUUCCCCAAGGGCAACACUGGGGUCUCUUUUCGGGUUGUUUCCUCGGCAUUUUGA